UCAAGAUAUCCUCGCACCAUAUUCAUAGCGACCAAGGUGCCCAGCCAUCGACUGCCGGCUUUUUGCUUCCCUCGUAGCCGUCUAAGGGGGCUUCUGGGUUGUUUAGAGGUUCACAACCCGAAAACCAGAGCAUUUCUCAUCCCGCAGCCGUGCUGACGGCAUUCGAAGGCUCGCGCAUACGAAGUACAGCCACGGGGGAACAGCUCUAGGAAGGCAGCCUCUCGUUGCCAGCUGGCGACGGCUCCCCCGCACCUGGCAGAUUUUCUUGGGAAGAGCCUGUUCAUAUUCGCCGUCCUUGGCCGUCCCCAGCCCCGCCCACUUUCUCCCACUCACUCUCUCUUUAUUCCCUCCUGCCACCCAAGCUAAACACACAUCCUUCCUUUCCUUUCACACACUGACAACAUCUCCCGUCACCAGAACGCACCACACAUCUACAUCCACUUCCUCAGACUCGUGAAACCCCUUUGAGGCUCCCAGCUCCCCUAUCGACUGGACUUGAGGGCAGCUUGGAGGCAUCAGCACAGCUUCUAUCGCGUCUCGCGCCUUCUCCCUCACGGCAGCACAGAAGCCUGUCGGGUCUCACAACGCGUUUCAUUUAAGAACCCGCGGCUUCCAAAUCGUGGGGAGCUGCUCACUUAGCAAACGACAAUACAGCCCUUCCACACGCUGCUCUUUCGCGGCUUCCAGACCCAGCACCUGCCACGCUUCGAUCACCCAUAGCCGGCUUUUUGCAGGACACGGCUUCCUCCCCACCCAUUUCCUAGAGAAUCAACCUGAGGAGAUCAUCUCACAUCAAGAGAUCGCUUAUUUUGGGCAGGCCCCUGGUCGUCGUCCCUCCUUGUUCACCUUUCUCCUCCCUCAGCUGCUUUUCCGGCACCCAAAAAGCGAGAAGCAGUUUUGGCCGCGCUCCUCUCCUGCGGAUUUUUGGAGUCUUCAUAGCAGUCAUCAUCAUUGCCGACGCCUCUGUCGACCGCGUAUUGCCGCUGAUAUCGGGUCGAGAUCCCAUCGGUGCGGCCACUAUUGUACGCAGCCACAGCAAACGGUGUAUGGUGGCAUUCGGUACGAUGACAGCCAACAACCUUGCCACCGGUGCCAACGCACCAAAUGAGACGGCUGUGACCGGCUCUGAGCCUCCAAAAUUUGUCGGAGUCGCGCCAAACCCGCUGAUUGACGAGUUCAAAGACAAGAACCGCGCCAGCGGAGUUUUGAUCCCCCUGAAGACAACUCAGGAAGUUCGCCAGGAUCACACUAUUGUCACGGCGUACAUUACGAGGGCACCGACAAAGUCGGCCAACGACGUGAUCUCGGCGCUGCGCAACCUGCGACCCGAAGGCAGCGCUAACCCCCUGCCUCACCUUCGCACCUGCGCGAAGCCGUCCGAUCUACCGGCACACAUCAAGACGCAGUUCAUGAACGACACGCCCGCUGGACGGCAGAUCCAUACGGCCAAGUCCAACUGGAUCUACAUCAUUGUUGGUGAGGUCAAGGAGUUCGACAGAGAUGUCGUGGUGCAAACCCUCUCGAGUAUCGAGGGACUCCAGCAGGAUAUAUUCCUUCACGUUAUCCCCAUCCCCCUGCUGGCCCCAACCUCGCAAGUACAGGCUGCCAUGUGGUCUUCCCAGUUUUGGCCCACGGUGUACCGCAAGAAUAACCCGUUGGGACCUCAUCCUAGCAUGGUAGGCCGCGGCACCGACGAUCUCAAGGACGACGCCCCCGUCUUUAUGGCUCUUGCCCACCGCGUGGCUCUCGACGCCAAGAGAGCUGGCAUCGGCGAAGCCAUGGGAGCAGUCGUUGUGCUUCGUGACGACAAGGGAUCCCAUGUCAUUGGACUUGCCGGGGACGCACGCUGGCACCAGGAGUACGGUACGGGCAACCCCAUCAACACCAUGACGCACUGCGUCCUCCGUGCUAUCAGCAUGGUGGCCCAGAAGCUUGUCCGCCACGAACGUCGGGGGGCAGGUGUCGAGUUCAAGCAUGCCAACCUCGGCUACGACGCGUUCCAGGAUCGACCCCUUCUGGACAUUGAGCGCCGAUGCUUCUUGCAGGAGCAUCCGAACAAAGAGGGCUAUUUGUGCCACGGCCUUGAACUGUACGUGACCCACGAGCCGUGCAUUGCCUGCUCCAUGGGAAUUCUGCACUCGCGGAUGGGCAAGGUGAUUUUCAGCCGACAUAUGCCCCGCACCGGAGGAUUGAGCUCAGAUGACCGUCCUGACGGAGGUGGACGAGGGUUGGGACUCUUUUGGCGUCGCGAGCUCAACUGGAGCCUGCUGGCGUGGGAGUGGGAGCGAAAGGGCGUGCCCGACCUGCCUCACGUCGACCCAACCACUCACGUUUAGGAUUACCACCUCCGAGGUCCAUGCGAGACUCGACCGUUGCGCGCCGUCCGCCAUGCCGCGCCUGGCUGGCUGCCGCUCCAACAUGUGAGCCUCGCGACCGCCACGCGUGGUGAUUGCGUUUGUUAAGAGAGACGACUUGGACGGACACGACGGCAGCGACGUGGUCGACGACGACGAUGUCAACAAUUAAUACGAUGCCAUUGCUAUGUUGAGGUGUUUGGAGGAGCGUGUGUGGCUGUGGACUACUGCAUUGUGGUGGACAGCUACUUGGAGGACGAGCAGAAGGGGGUUUAGAUAGUCCUCACUGCUCAGAAGGUUGGCAGUGCUUGAGGCGACUUUUGAUGUGUACUGCAUACUCGGCAUGGCGAGGCGAACGGCUAGGACUGGAGUUGGGACACAAUGUCGCAUUUGCUUUAGACAGACUUUGGCGAUGAAAUUGAGUG